AUGUCCUGUCCCGACUGCUUCAGCGGCCACGUGCACGAGGACACUACGCCCAGAGGAACAGUCACCACCUUGCAUGGCCUGAAAGCAUAUGUGACGGAGCCGACGUCCACAGAAUCCCCCAUCAAGGGAAUCAUCAUCAUCAUUCCGGAUGCGUUUGGGUGGGAGUUCGUCAAUAAUCGCAUUCUGGCUGAUCAUUAUGCCGAUAAAGGAGGGUAUAAGGUGUAUUUGCCUGAAUUCAUGAAUGGACACGCCGCCCCAGUCUGGGCUCUAAACACCCUAUCCGCAAUAAUGAAGACCUCAUCUAUCAUGGACUGGAUCACGAAACCCUACCACAUCGCCUGCGCCAUGUACGCCAUGAUCCCCUUCGUCUACCACACCAAAUUCACCACCUGCUGGCCCACCGUCAAGACAUUCUUCACCGCCGUACGACGCAACGAAGGCGCCAACCUCCCCAUCGCAGCUGCAGGGUUCUGUUGGGGCGGGUUACACACCGUGUAUCUCGCGCACGACAAAGAAGAAGACAAAGUAAAUGGCAAACCCCUAAUCGAUGCCGGGUUCACCGGCCAUCCCAGCAAUCUGAAGAUCCCCGCGGAUAUCGAGAAGAUCAAGAUCCCCGUGAGCUUUGCAAUGGCAGAGCUGGAUAAUAUGGUGAAAAUGCCGCAGAUCAAGCAGAUUGAGAAAGCCGUGGGAGAGAGGGAUGUGGGGGAGGUGAAGGUGUACUAUGGGGCUGGGCAUGGGUUUUGUGUGCGUGCGGAUGUGAUGGUUAAGGAUGUGAGGGCGCAGGCUGAGGAGGCGGAGGAUCAGGCGAUUGCGUGGUUUCAGAAGCAGUUUGCGAAGGUGUCUUAUUGA